AUAACCCAUAAACCCUUCACUUCAGAGUCUACCCUUCAUUAUUCCCAUUCAUUCUAAAACCCUCAUUCUGAUUUCGUUCAGUGCGAACUCAUAUCAAACACCAUGAGUGCGUUCCCCAACGGUUCCAACUCGAACUUGGACAACCUGCUCCUACAAACCAUGAUGGGCAGGCUCCAGCUUCGAGCUCCGAUCAACAACCCUUUGGUUACGCAGUCUCUCGAGGACUUCCUAUUCAACGACCUCGACGAGGACGACGCGGACGAAGAGAGCUUCGAAGGGAAGUCGGAUCUGGCGAGGGAGGAGGCUAAGCUGGAGAAGGAAGUGAUCAAAAUCAUCCUCAGCGGCAACGGCGAAUCCCUCUUGAAACCCAAUUCGGGCCAGGCGGUGUCUGUUCGGGACCACCACAUCUGCGUCGGGUUUCAAGACGAAGAGGCUUCUGGGUAUCGCGUGUGGGAGUGGCACGGCCACAUCAUGGCUUUCGACGAGGAAUUCGGUUACAAUCCUGAGUAUAUAUACGGUAAUUACUUUCAGUGGUUUAAGCCUAGACCUGGUUGUGCCUCUGCUGCUGUUGCGGAUCCUGUUGGGAAGAAAGAGGAAGAGGAUGAGGAGGAGGAAGAGGAGAAACAGGAGAACCAGGGUUUGAGGGAGUUGAUUGAGACCAAGGAUUCCGCCGAUGCUCGCAUUCUUCACAGGAACAUAAACGCGGCUUCUCCUAGCCUGACAGGUACAAGAUAAGAAUUGAUCCUUUAUCAGAAAUCAAGUUCAAAGAGUUGCCAGCAGAGGCCACAGCCAGCCAGCAUUUCAUUUCCUUUGCUCCGCAAAUAUUGAUUUCUUCUGCUUUUCACAGACUAAAUCUCAGAAGACCGCAUCUAGGGAUCUGUUUGAGCUUUAAAUUACAUACUGUAAAGGAUGUGAGACAGAGAUGCUCACAAUAAUGAAUUAUCUUUGCUCAGUUUUUUUAGUCUUAGAGCAAAUUUUUGUUUCUCCCAUUUGCACUAAAACUAGCUGUUGUGAUGGUAGAUGCUUGGCUUAUGGGUAGAAAUGAGUUAGCUUUAUUUAAUUGGUCUAAAGCAUUUUAUAAAGUUGGUCUAUUUAAAAGCUUAAAA